UAUCUUUGAUGUUACGUGACGUGAUCGGUGAGAUAUGGGCACAUCUUGUGUUUGGAAAAGUUUUGGAACACGGUUAAGAGACAAAAACAAUCAUAUGAAAAUCUAUCGCAUUCGAGGCAUUGUUAGGUAUUCCAUGUUUUUUGCAGGGUUGUGCAGUGUUGAAUGAUUGCCCUGACAGUUCGAUUAGAUCAAACCAGCUCGUGUGAUGAAAAAAAUAUACUUCCGAUGAUAUGUACACAAACGAAAUACCGGGUCAUACUAACGUUAUUCAUUGAAACAUGAUUUUUUAUCAGAUCAGUGUUUUUCUUUAAUUACUACCACCUCUUGGUCGCACUCUUAUGUAUAACUUUUAGGUUAUGUUCGUUAUUUCAGUUUAACUUAUUACGAAAGUCGGGUAGUAUAAGCUUAUCAAAUAAUGCAUUUAAGAUUAAUUGAUCGAUCGUAUUUUAUUGACCUUUUCUCAUCCUCUUAUUCAUAUCUUAAAUGAGUGUCCUAAAGUAAACAUGUUUUGACACAUCCCAUUGGGAAGCGCGAUGGAAGUUUGUCAAAGGAACGAUAGUGACGAUGUGACAUCGAUACUAGAUGAGGAUUAUCAAGAUGUCUUGAAGGAUCUUCCGCAAGUAUUGGAUUUCAUACGAAAACUACAAAACCACAUCAGAUGGCAGAAAAAGAAAAUAAACAAACUGCGAAACAAAUUGAAUGGUUGCAAGAAAGGAAAAUUGCAAUCUGCUGAAAAGCUACUCGUCGACUGUGCAACGCAAACGGAAUUAAAAAACGCUGAUCAUAAUUCGGCCACCAGUCAAGACUGGAACUUGAGCAAGUUAGAAAAUGGGGAAAACAUUGUUGAGCAGGUUACAAAAGCGGCUGAAUCUGCUCUACAGCAAACCGGAUUUGUUUAUGAAGAAACGUCCGGCCUUUACUACGAUUAUAACACCGGAUAUUAUUACGAUGCGGAACAAGGACUUUAUUACGAUGGAAACUCAGGGACCUAUUACUGCUACGAUGAAACGAGCAAAACUUACAAGUUUCACAGUCAAACUCAAGUCUCAUCGAGUGAAGUAUCAGUACAGAAAGGGGAAAUUGUGAAAAAGGAGAAGCGAAAAGCCAGGAAGGCAAAUAAGGAUAUGGCGAAAAAGCGAAAAAUUCUUGCAAGUGGGCGCGAGUCGGGUGACGAUGAACACGAAGAGGGUGAAUGUUCUGCCAGUGAUAACAGCCUGAGCACGCAGGAUGUUGCUUCUGAAAUAUCCUCUAGUGACGAGAGCGAAAACGAAGUUGAACAAGAGUUGACCAAAACCUAUCCGCCUUGCAUUAGAAUUAUUGUAAAGGAAACCAGUUUGCCAAAAUUAAAACCUGGUUCCUUAUUUCUUGUCGCUUAUACCGGUGGCUCUAUGGGCAGAGAAGGUGAUCACUCUGUUCUCAUACAAGAUAUCAACAUAAGCAAGCAACACGCAAGAUUCCAGUACGAUGAAAUAAAUAAACGUUACGAAAUCAUUGAUCUGGGCUCAAGAAAUGGGACCAUAUUAAAUGGCAAAAGGUUAUCAGUAGCAAAGCAGGAAUCCGAGCCAUUCGAGAUUGUGCACGGUUCGAUAAUUCAGGUCGGAGGUACGAAGUUACUUUGUCACAUUCACAACGGGCACGAAACCUGUGGUCACUGCGAACCAGGACUCGUCCAGCAAAACGUUAACGCCGAAGGAAGUACAACGAAAAAACAAAACCAGCACAAAUCUGAACUCAGAAGAUUGAAGUAUAAAUUUGGCGUUGAGAAAAACAACGUCAAGACAUCGAGUCAAGUCGCUGCUGGGUACCAAGAUCGUGCUCAAGCAAGACGAGUACUCGUCGGAUCUCUGAAUCACCAUGCAAAGACUCAGCAGAGCUCCGUCGAUGUAUCGAUUGCAAGCGACAACAAAGGCUUCAAGCUUCUCUCAAAAAUGGGAUGGACGGAGGGUCAAUCACUCGGAAAAGAUGGUGAUGGCAGAAUCGAACCUGUGCCAAUAGUGUCAAAUCACAAUAAAGCGGGGCUGGGCGCUUCGGACGCCGGUAUGGUUCCUAAUUUGGAUUCUGAUCCAAAUACGGAGAAGAAACAGGCCAUGUGGAAGAAGACUCAGCAACGAUAUCAAGAAAUUCCCGACUAAAAAACGAACGAUACCUUACGUAUAAAUCACAAAUUAUUUACACACAUUAAUCAUUGCUUAACGCAACAUAUACGGCCAUAAUCUAUUUCUUUUUUAUUCGGUAUUAUUUUUUUUUUGUUCAAUUCCGAUCGAUUAUAUUGCCGAUUAGAAAGCCCUUGGAAUCGUCGUUUUUAAUAUUUACGUUUUCAUCCCACGCUGAUUUAUUUUUUACGCCCCUACCUUUUUUUUUGUAUAUGAAAUACGGAGAGGAGAAAUCAAAAAAAAAAAAAGGUAAUCAAGGUUUAUAAUUUUUUUCGGAAUCUUACACCGUGUUGUUCGUAUUAUUACAACGUUAUAUCGUUAUCGCAUUUGUUUGUCAUUUUCAUCCUUUAAAAUACGUUCAAUCAUUUCCCUCGCAUCAUACGUUCGCAUCAUCGAUUCGUAAUGAUGUGUAAAAACUUCCGAGCACAUUACGUAAACACCACAUAAACUCGCACGGUAAGAAAUUACCGAUUAUACGUAUAAUCUUGUUAUAUAUAUAUAUAUACUAAAAAUACUCGAGUGUAAAAAAUCAAUUUUGAAAAGACAAAUUCAACCAAACUCUGCCGCAUAAUUGUAUAUGUAUAAUAUUAUUACAUCUGCUAUUUCUUGUUACAAAGUCACAAGCGAUUAAUACAUUCGAAUAAUUCGAAAGGUUAGUCCCUGAAGAGGAAAUACGGAUUUCAGGGGAAAUACUUUCGAACAAUGGAUUAUAAUAUACCUUAUAUACAUGCACACGCGUCAAGAUUUCGUUCCGAUAGGUACCGUGAUAUAUGAAUAAUGAUCCUUUGAGGAAACUUUGGCUUCGUCACGGUUGCGAUACGCCGGCAGGCUGUCCCUUAGAGAGAUAAAAAGGUUCUCGCCUCUCCGUCCUUUUACAUUGUUUUUAUUAAGUUGUUUAUAAAAGAUAUUCCCCGGCCAAGGCGAGCGUAAAAUAUAAAACAACACGAAAGGGGGUAUACGUUAUAGGCGUACAUCUGUAUGGUGCAUUGAUUCUAUAUGUGUACCGGAAACGAAAAUAAUUCAUUCGCAGUCAACCGUGAACUCGAUCACGAGCUAAGAAACACGAGGCGAGGGAUGGGAAAAAUCGGUCUCGUGCGAUUCCUCGCAGCCCGGCUACAACGUGCAUAAAUCGUACGAGUCUAAUACAAAUAAUAUAAAUGUACAGCGCACGUAUGUAUUUAUUAUAAUAUGAAACUGACGAAAUAUCGAAAUAACUUCAAGUGUAUUUAAAUCCGCAGCAUUGGAACGGCAUAUUCAUAUAUAUAUAUAUAUAUAUAUAUAUUAAUAGUAAUCAAGACGUUAGAUUUUUUUUUUUUGUACGUAAAUUAUCAGGUUUAUGAAAUUAAUGACGAUAUUUUUCGAGUUUCCUUAUUUAUCGAAAAAAAAAAAAUGAAAUAUCGAAAGUCACUUUUGUUUCUUCACCCUCAACGACAUCAGUUUAUUAAGUAUUUUUCUUUUUAACGUUGAACCGACGUACCACAUUGACUCAAACAGGCCGUGUAUAUGUUUGUGUAAAAAUAAAUAGAUGAAACAAAA